GUCUGUGUGCUGGCCGGGCGGGGGGGAGGAGGGGAAUCUCCCGCCAUUUUUCAAUAAUUUCCUCCGGUGCCGCUGAGGAGGAGUCGUGACUGCCGGCCGCUGGGACCCAUAAGCGAAGGUUGGCCUGAGACUGCUGGGACGCCCUGCAGUGUGGCGUAGGAGCUCUGUGCUUUUGCUUUCCGUUCCAUGGCUCUCGGGCGGCCGCGCCAGCAGUGAGGGAGCCGGAGUUCGCGCCGCCCUCUCACCCCUCCCCUCCCCCACCCCACCCCCGGGAGCCGGGCGCUCGCACCCGGGCUCCGGGGCCUAGUGUUGCGCUGCGAGCGGGCCGAACAGCCGCGCGCCCCCCGCCGCCGCGUUCUCGGUCGCUGCUGACGCGAUGGCGCCGCUCCUGGGCCGCAAGCCCUUCCCGCUGGUGAAAGCGCUUCCAGGAGAGGAGCCGCUCUUCACCAUCCCACACACUCAGGAGGCCUUCCGCACUCGGGAAGAGUAUGAAGCCCGCUUGGAAAGGUACAGUGAGCGCAUCUGGACAUGCAAGAGUACUGGAAGCAGUCAGCUAACCCACAAGGAGGCCUGGGAAGAAGAACAGGAAGUUGCUGAACUUUUGAAGGAGGAGUUCCCUGCCUGGUAUGAGAAACUGGUUCUGGAAAUGGUUCACCACAACACAGCCUCCUUAGAGAAGUUAGUAGAUACUGCUUGGCUGGAGAUCAUGACCAAAUAUGCUGUUGGAGAAGAGUGUGACUUUGAGGUUGGGAAGGAGAAAAUGCUCAAGGUAAAGAUUGUGAAGAUUCAUCCUUUGGAGAAAGUAGAUGAAGAGGCCACUGAGAAAAAAUCUGAUGGUGCCUGUGAUUCUCCAUCGAGUGACAAAGAGAAUUCCAGUCAAAUUGCUCAGGACCAUCAGAAGAAGGAGGCAAUUGUAAAAGAGGAUGAAGGAAGGAGAGAGAGUAUUAAUGACAGAGCACGUAGAUCUCCACGAAAACUUCCUACUUCAUUAAAAAAAGGAGAAAGGAAAUGGGCUCCUCCAAAAUUUCUGCCUCACAAAUAUGAUGUGAAACUACAAAAUGAAGAUAAGAUCAUCAGCAAUGUGCCAGCAGACAGCUUGAUUCGUACAGAGCGCCCACCAAAUAAGGAGAUACUUCGAUACUUUAUACGGCAUAAUGCACUACGGGCUGGUACUGGUGAAAAUGCACCUUGGGUGGUAGAAGAUGAAUUGGUGAAGAAGUAUUCCCUGCCCAGCAAGUUCAGUGACUUUUUACUUGAUCCAUACAAGUAUAUGACUCUGAACCCUUCAACUAAAAGGAAGAAUACUGGAUCCCCAGACAGGAAACCCUCAAAGAAAUCUAAAACAGACAACUCCGCUUUGAGUACACUAAAUCCUAAGUUAUGGUGUCAUGUACACUUGAAGAAAUCGUUGAAUGGUUCACCACUCAAAGUAAAGAACUCAAAGAAUUCCAAAUCUCCAGAACAACAUCUGGAAGAGGUAAUGAAAAUGAUGUCACCCAGCAAGCUGCAUGCUAACUUUCACAUUCCCAAGAAAGGCCCACCUGCCAAGAAACCAGGGAAACACAGUGACAAACCUUUGAAGGCGAAGGGCAGAAGCAAGGGUGUCCUGAAUGGACAGAAAUCUACAGGGAAUUCCAAAUCCCCUAAAAAGGGAUUGAAGACUCCUAAAACCAAAAUGAAGCAGAUGACUUUGUUGGAUAUGGCCAAAGGGACACAGAAGAUGACUCGAGCACCACGGAAUUCUGGAGGUACACCUAGGUCCUCUGGUAAACCUCAUAAACACCUGCCUCCUGCUGCGCUACACCUAAUUGCCUACUACAAAGAAAACAAAGACAGGGAGGACAAAAAGAGUGCCCUGUCUUGUGUUAUCUCCAAAACAGCUCGUCUUCUCUCUAGUGAAGAUAGAGCUCGUCUCCCAGAAGAAUUGCGAAGUAUUGUUCAAAAACGCUAUGAGCUUCUAGAGCACAAAAAGAGGUGGGCUUCUAUGUCUGAAGAGCAACGGAAAGAAUAUUUAAAGAAGAAACGAGAGGAGCUGAAAGAAAAGUUGAAGGAAAAAGCCAAAGAACGGAGAGAGAAAGAAAUGCUUGAGAAAUUAGAAAAACAGAAGCGGUAUGAGGACCAAGAAUUAACUGGCAAAAACCUUCCAGCAUUUAGAUUGGUGGAUACUCCUGAAGGGCUCCCCAACACACUUUUUGGGGAUGUGGCCAUGGUGGUGGAAUUCUUGAGCUGUUAUUCUGGGCUACUCCUACCAGAUGCUCAGUAUCCUAUUACUGCUGUGUCUCUUAUGGAAGCCUUGAGUGCAGAUAAGGGUGGCUUUUUAUACCUUAAUAGAGUCUUGGUCAUCCUCUUACAGACCUUAUUACAAGAUGAAAUAGCAGAAGACUAUGGGGAAUUGGGAAUGAAGCUGUCAGAAAUCCCCCUCACUCUACAUUCUGUUUCAGAGCUGGUACGGCUCUGCUUGCGCAGAUCUGAUGUUCAGGAAGAAAGUGAGGGCUCAGACACAGAUGAUAAUAAAGAUUCACCAUUUGAAGACAAUGAGGUACAAGAUGAGUUCCUAGAGAAGCUGGAGACCUCUGAAUUUUUUGAAUUAACAUCAGAAGAGAAGCUACAGAUCUUGACAGCACUGUGCCACCGAAUCCUCAUGACAUACUCAGUACAAGACCACAUGGAGACUAGACAGCAGAUGUCUGCAGAGUUGUGGAAGGAGCGGCUUGCUGUAUUGAAGGAAGAAAAUGAUAAGAAGAGAGCAGAGAAACAGAAACGGAAAGAAAUGGAAGCCAGAAAUAAAGAAAAUGGAAAAGAGGAGAAUGGAUUAAACAAAACCGAUAGGAAAAAGGAAAUUGUGAAGUUUGAACCCCAAGUAGAUACAGAAGCUGAAGACAUGAUUAGUGCCGUGAAGAGCAGAAGGCUUCUUGCCAUUCAAGCUAAGAAGGAACGUGAAAUACAGGAAAGAGAAAUGAAAGUGAAACUAGAACGUGAAGCUGAGGAAGAAAGAAUUCGGAAGCACAAGGCAGCUGCUGAGAAAGCUUUCCAGGAAGGAAUUGCCAAGGCAAAACUAGUCAUGCGUAGGACUCCUAUUGGUACAGAUCGAAAUCAUAAUAGAUACUGGCUCUUCUCAGAUGAAGUUCCAGGACUGUUCAUAGAGAAAGGCUGGGUUCAUGACAGCAUUGACUACCGAUUCAACCAUCAUCACAAAGACCAUGCAGACUCCCCUGAUGAGGAUUACUGUCCUCGCAAGAAGAUGCUGCAGGUUACGGGAGAGAGAGCAGGGGAAAGGAAAGAACCAAUUGUUGUAUUAGGUAAAAAAGCAAACUUAGGCAAAAAUGCAAGCAUAAACAUGCAUCUUGGACCAGCAACAGAAAUUGCUGUAGAAACUACCAUACCUAAACAAGGACAGAACCUAUGGUUUUUAUGUGACAGUCAAAAGGAACUGGAUGAAUUGCUAAACUGUCUUCACCCUCAGGGAAUAAGAGAAAGUCAGCUUAAAGAAAAACUAGAAAAGAGGUAUCAGGACAUUAUUCACUCUAUUCAUCUGGCUCGGAAGCCAAAUUUGGGUCUAAAAUCCUGUGAUGGCAACCAGGAGCUUUUAAACUUUCUUCGCAGUGAUCUCAUUGAAGUUGCAACAAGGUUACAAAAAGGAGGGCUUGGAUAUGUUGAAGAAACAUCAGAAUUUGAAGCCCGGGUUAUUUCAUUAGAGAAAUUGAAGGAUUUUGGUGAGUGUGUGAUUGCCCUUCAAGCCAGUGUCAUAAAGAAAUUUCUCCAAGGCUUCAUGGCUCCCAAGCAAAAGAGAAGAAAACUGCAGAGUGAAGAUUCAGCAAAAACUGAGGAAGUAGAUGAAGAGAAAAAAAUGGCAGAGGAAGCAAAGGUUGCAUCUGCACUGGAAAAAUGGAAGACAGCAAUCCGUGAAGCUCAAACUUUUUCUAGGAUGCAUGUUCUACUUGGGAUGCUGGAUGCUUGUAUCAAGUGGGAUAUGUCAGCAGAAAAUGCUAGAUGCAAAGUUUGUCGAAAGAAAGGUGAGGAUGACAAAUUGAUCUUGUGUGAUGAGUGUAAUAAAGCCUUCCACCUGUUUUGUCUGAGGCCGGCCCUCUAUGAAGUACCAGAUGGUGAGUGGCAGUGCCCAGCUUGCCAGCCUGCUACUGCCAGGCGUAACUCUCGUGGCAGGAAUUAUACUGAAGAGUCUGCCUCUGAAGACAGUGAAGAUGAUGAAAGUGAUUCAGAGGAAGAAGAGGAAGAAGAGGAGGAGGAGGAAGAUUAUGAAGUAGCUGGUUUGCGAUUGAGACCUCGAAAAACCCUCCGGGCCAAGCAGAGUGUAAUCCUUCCUACAGUAAGGCCAGGCCGCCGACCCAGUAAGAAGCCACAUCCUACCAGGAGAUCUCGGCCAAAGGCACUACCUGUGGAUGACACUGAGGUUGAUGAGCUGGUACUUCAGACCAAGCGGAGCUCCCGGAGACAAAGCCUGGAGCUACAGAAGUGUGAAGAGAUCCUCCACAAGAUUGUGAAGUACCGUUUCAGCUGGCCCUUCAGGGAGCCUGUGACCAGAGAUGAGGCUGAGGACUACUAUGAUGUGAUUACCCAGCCCAUGGACUUUCAGACAGUGCAGAACAAAUGUUCCUGUGGGAGCUACCGCUCUGUGCAGGAGUUUCUUACUGACAUGAAGCAAGUGUUUACCAAUGCUGAGCUUUACAACUGCCGUGGCAGCCAUGUGCUAAACUGCAUGGUGAAGACAGAACAGUGUCUAGUGGCUCUGUUACAUAAACACCUUCCUGGCCACCCAUAUGUCCGUAGGAAACGUAAGAAGUUUCCCGAUCGACUUGCUGAAGAUGAAGGGGACAGUGAGCCAGAGCCCAUUGGACAGUCCAGGGGACGAAGACAGAAGAAAUAGAGAGGCAGGGCCCUGGUAAGGGAGCUGAAGUAGGGGGAAUAUCAGGACACAGUGAGGGAGGGUGGGAGGGAGGCAAGAGAGGAAGAUUGAGAACUUGGAAGGGAAGAGAUCACAGGGAGCCCAGAAAUGACAGUCACCCCAAGCUUGUGCUGUUUCUUAAAACUCCCUACAGGGCCUCAUCCAAGCAAAGCUUUUUGGGGAGCCUGAUUGGAUUGGUGGUCUCUGCCCAGAAAUAUUGUGGGCAGAAGAAGCCCGUAACUCUCCCGCCUUUGAGUUUCCAUCAAGAGUCCAAGGGUAUAGCUUUUCUGGUGUACCCAGUUCCUGUUCCUUCUUUCCUAGGGUCCCUCCUCCUCUGGCUCCCACAAUAGUGCCAAGCCCUUCUGGUCUCCAGGAGUGGGGAUUGCUAUGUUACAUUGCAGGAUCAAGGGUAAUCAGGCCAAUUGGGGGAGGUGGUGUCCACUUUUUUUUUUUUAAUCUGUAUUUAUAUACAGUUUUGUUUCUUUAAGCCCAUACUCUGUCUCUUACUCCCUCUCCCUCUCAGGUGACAGUAUCAGUGAGUGCCAUAGAGAAUUUUGUAUUCACCAGCAUCAUGAAACAGUUGUGGUCUUUUCAGUUAUCUUGGCAGAGUAAAGGGACAUUUCCUGGACCCAUUCCUGAAUAUCCCUCCCCUUCUUUGUAACAACCCUCCCCCAACUUAUAUUUCACCUCACUCCCUAAAAAAAAAUCCUAAGGCACUUCAUUUAGAGACUGGAGUCCUGCUUAUAAUCAUGCAUAUAACCUUGACUUUGGAUCUGGCCAGAGGGGUGUUGGAGCCCAGCCCACCCACAUACCAGACAAGCUCUUAGGGGAGCAGAAGAAAAGCAGGAAGAAUUUAAAUGUUUAAUUUUUUUUUUAAAUUGACUUUUCUAGUUAUUAAAAUUUGCUUGUUUCAGCAGUGAUAUUGUAUAAAGAACAUCUUGUAAGA